CACUUACACAAAACAAACACAUUCUAUCUCCAUUUUAUUAUUUUCCACCAAAAACAAUAUGUCUUUAGUAAUUUUUGGAAUUUUUUCAAUUAUUUUGUACUCACGAUUUUGCACUGGAGAAUCUGGCGAAGACACUUGGAUGUAUCUACAAAAUGAGAUGAUAUGUGGCAACCCUGCAGUACCUGUGAAUGGCUAUAUAGUCGAGCAGAUCGAUGCUCAGCAUCUUGAACACCCUUUAAACACAACCCUGACAUUUACUUGUAACGAUGAGUAUGUUAUGUAUGGGCAGAGAGAAAUAAAAUGUUUACAAGAUGGGACAUGGUCACAUCCAUCCCCUGUCUGUUUAGAUGUAAACAUGUGUGCAUCAGGUGAAACAUCGGGUGACGCAUCAGGUGAUACAUUGGGUGGCACAUCACUACCAAUCAAUCCAUCAACAUGCAUCACGAUUGAAACUGAGCAGGUUACGUGGAUUGAGGCAGAUGAUAAGUGUACACAAAUUGGAGGGACACUGAGUGAAAGAAACAAAGAAGAGUUAGUAACCCUUCAACAGAACACGGACAUCAAAAUCGAUUCCAGAUAUUGGAUCGGAGGGGUUUUAAAGAAAAAAUGGUUUUGGAAUAAUGCUGAGGAGCUGACAUAUUUCAAUUGGGGAGAGAACGAGCCCAAAAAUACAAACAUAAACAACAAAUACAUCAUUCUACAUCGGGAUACAAGCCAAGGCUAUAAAUGGAAAGAUGAAUCGGGGGAAACGUUUGCCAAAUUCAUCUGCCAAUUUGAAGUAGACACUCCCUGUAAAGAGACCCCUCGAAGUAUGCCAAUAGUAGAAGAUGGCAUGAACUCCUGUAUAUUCUUUGGUGGACCGUAUGGAACAAACUUCACUGACCCUGUAGUGUUGGACCCAUUGUACCAAGGCAGCAACUGGCUACAGGCUAAUGCCACGUGUGCCCAACAGAGAGGUAUCUUGGUGAGAAUACCCAGUGCUGAGACACAGGAAGCAAUUGUUGCUAAAAUCACACGUGAUGAAGAACUGGACGGAGAUUAUUGGAUCGGAGGUAACUGGAAUCAAAGUAAACAUGGCUAUUGGGCAGGAGUGAAAAGUGACGACCGUGUAGACCAGAGUGAGAUAUGCGCCGGUGAAGAAAGUGAUAUUGAUAAGGAUAUUGAAAAAAGAUGUCUCUAUGCGGAUACCUCUAAAAGUUGUUUAGUUAAGGAAAAUUGUAGUGCGAAACGAGGUUAUCUAUGUGAAACUAAGGUAAAGCAUAUACCAAAACCUACAGAGUGUCCGUUACCGCCGUUCCCACUGCACUCGAUCAUUAUCAACAGUCACAAUGUCCAUAUCGGCGGUAUGGUUGAGUUUAAGUGUAUGCCAGGGUUUGUGAUAUCCAAUGGGGAUACCACACGGACUUGUAAAACUGAUGGAAUCUGGUCUGGACAAGAGAUAGUGUGCGUAAAUGCAUCUACGGUUGUUUUCCCUCAUGGUAAUACAACUGAUCAUCGCAGACCAGCUUCUGUCUCAACACUAACAUUGUCACGCUUCACAACGACAGCGUCUCCAAACGCGACAGUAAUUAAUCAACUUAACACGUUAGGAACACAGAGACAUGACGGUGAUGACACAUUUCCAGGUUGGAUUAUUGGACUGAUCGUCGGUUGCAUUGUCUUUCUGAUCACCAUCAUAAUCCUCCUGAGUGUUCUAGGCAUCAUUGUCAUUAGAAGAAAACAUGUGAAGCAGUGUGAAGGAUUGUAUAAGACAGCAGAGAAGACCUUUAAUGAAGCCAAUAUUAACAUUGGUAUGGAAGAGAUGGACCUCUCACUUGAAGACAGAGGUGACUCGUUCGCCGAACCUAGCCGAUAUAAUUCAGUUGCAGUCCGGGGUGAAUCCGAAUCGGAUGACUCUAGAUGUAAUGGUACACCUGAAAGACAGAUUAGCUUGGUGAGCAAUGAAUUAUACAACACACAAAGAAUUCAGAGGCAGUAUUCACAACCUGAUGUCAAACGACCAAGGGUCUUUUCCAAGCCACGGUCCACCAGUAAAGUCGAUUCUGCAUCAAGUAUGGAAAGUGGAUUACCCAAUAUGAUAUGUUCAUGUAGUGAUAGCGCGUUUGAUACCCAACUGGCUGUAGCCGGUUUUGUUAAUCCACUUGUGACAGAAGGCAAAGAAAAUCCUGUCGAUGUUGCUGACAUUGCCUUAGAAAUGAUCCCAGACGAAGGUACAUACGAUGAUGAUGAGAGUGAAAAUGGAGAGGAUGAAGUUGACUAUGCGACAAUUGAUAAUGAACUGGAUUCGAGGCCCAUUUCAUCAGUAUCUUCGUGUGUUGGGUACGACACAGUCGGGCCUCCUUCAUCAGUCAGUUCAUACGCAUCAGUAUUCUUACCAGAUGGGACGUUAAGGUCAUCACGUUUGAGUGAAGCGACGAGCAGUAUUGGGUACGAGAGCAUCGACUCGUAUACAAAUUGCGAACGGAUUCAAUCAAGUUUAUCAGCUGAUGAACUCAGUUUUUCAAUUGAAAGUCCUAGUAAUAGAACUUCAAUUUCCACAUUGGAAAACAGUUACGAAAACGUCAAUUUCCAAGUGCAUCCGGAUCCUUAUCAAAUAUCGUCCUCAUCCAAUAGGUGUUCAUCAGAAUCAUCAGGUUAUCUGAAAAUGAACCGACAUAUCACGUGUCCAAAUCUAAACGACUCUCGGUGCUUUUCACCAUUGAGUGAUGACGUAUUUGAAGAGUUUGCAGAAGUGGACUAUGCAAAUACCAAACUUAACCAAGGAAAAUUGAGUUUCAACUUGGAUGAUUCAAUUGUUUGAUUAGGCUUCUGCUCAGACUGGGUCAUUGUGUUCUUUAAGAAGAAACGACAGGAAAUCUCAUCAUGUUUAGAUUAUGCUAUCGGUUAGACUGUCGUCACAUGACACAUAAAUAUGUACGUGAUGAUGUUGUGCACAUAUUUUAAUCAUGGUUAUGCUAACAUUGACGAUGUAGACCAAAACUAUAAAUAUAACAAUAUUUCAGCUGUUCAUAAAUGAUCCGUGAAUAUAUUGAUAAUGACAAUUUCAUUGAUAUAUUGAAGAAUAAUACUAGACGAGAAAGCACUU